CUGAACCCCAGCCCUCCGCACUGACAGACACCAGGGAAAUGAUAAGGGAUAGCAACUUGAGGGGAGGUGAUUUGAUUGACCUGGGAUUUUAACCAAUGAGCGAAGUCUAAAUCCAUUUGGGGUGGGCACGAUAAGAUUUUGACAGACGAUUGGUUAAUCUAGAAACGAUCAGUUCGUGCGGGAAUGAAUUAUGGGAAAUGUAGUCUUUUUAUUCAAAAUUUUGCUUUAAGAAAAAGACUGUAUGACUACGUUUCCCAGCAUACAUUUCGAAGGGAGCAAGCGCCCCACGCACCCCCCCCCUUGUUUAUCAAAAAAAUUCAGGCAGGCAGAAAAACAGAGAGGAGAAGAAAGGAAGGUGCAAAUACUGUACAUUUCCAUUUACUCCCCGUUUAAACAUAUGCAUUUACUAACUAAUAUGGACAAACUGAUUUUAAUAGCGAGUUAUUAAAACUAAACUGCGAGAACAUUAAAAAAUGAAUUUAUUUGCAUGCAUUUAAAUGGUCAUGAUUGCAUAACAUUACAAAACAUAAAUCAAUAUGUGCAUAAAUCAUGUGUGAAACUUUGUGCUGAAUAUAUUACUUGCAUAUCACUAAUCACGUGAUGUAAUUUUUAUUUGUUUAUUUUUUUUUACCUUUCUUUUAUCUUGCUAGAAGAAUGACGUUGAGCAGAGUCGGAACGAAAGUGAGGAGAGCGGGAAUAUGGAGGGAAAUUUAAAAGUGCGGACUCAUGACAAUUGCUAGCUAUUAAUGGCUAACUUCUGUUGAAAGGCAUUUUUAACGAAAAUGUGCAAAUAAUUUCAGGAAUUGUUUCAAAACUUUCAACUUUAUUAUUGGUAUAAAAUGGAAACACAAAACGAGCAGAAUUUAGAUUCACCCUCCAAAAACAGUUACGUUGGGAGCUACUACCAGCCUCCAGACAGGAUAUCAUUAGUGUCAAGACAGCUGGAGUUUCCUGCUCAGUCGUCCUCCAACGUGGACCAGACUGCCAGCCUUUUGUCUCAGACUGCACGUAAUAUCGACAGCAAAGCUGUUGUAGAUGCAUUGAAAACCCUCCAGGAGAAAAUCAAAAGGCUUGAGCUGGAAAGAAAACAGGCAGAGAAUAGUUACCUUCAGUUCUCCCGUGAUGCUCAGAAGCACCAGCAGGUCGCAGCUUCAGCGUCAGCCAGCUUAUCUGGAACAGAUGAUUCAGCCAGGAAGGAGUUGGACCUGAAGCUGCAGACGGCAGAGGCCCGCUGUAAAGUUCUGGAAAAGCAGCUGGACUACAUGAGGAAAAUGGUUGAAAAUGUCAAGAAGGAGAGAAAUGUUCUGAUGGAAAGUGAGGUUGCAUUGCACAGCAAACAAAAAGGCAGCUCAAAUAGCCAGAUUCAGAGAGAGAAGCUGGAAAGGCUUGAGGCUGAAUAUUUUAAAUUAAGCAGAACCCAAACACUUGCAGAGACGAAGCUUGCCAUUUUGGAGCAGAAGCUGCUUAAAGAAGAGCACGAGCGUAAACUUGUUCAGGAGAAAGCAGAAGAGCUGCAGAGGGAGUUGGAUAGCAACCUUCGAAUGGUUGUGCCACUUACUGAAGAAAUGAAGCCAAAGAAGAAAACUAAAAAGACAAAAUCUUUGAAACAGAGCGAGCUGCCUUCAGGCAGCCUGAGGCACACAAGAAUGCCUUUUAUUGCAGGAACCUCGACGAGUCCGAGCCAUUCUGUUCACGCCAACGUUCAAAGCGUCCUCCAUAUGAUGAAGCACCACCAGCCGCAGCUGUGUGAGAGAGUGGGCGCCCUGCACAGGUCUGGAUGUGGAGCCAAGAAAAGCCUCCAGAAGGACUUUUCUGCAUCUUCACCUGCUUCCCAGCAGCCCGUCAGUCCAUCUGCUGAUCAGUCGCUGAGUUUGCUGUCCGACCUGCUCCUGGCUCUGCAGGAUGAACUCGGACAGAUGAGCUUUGAGCAUCAGGAGUUGGAGCACCAGAUAGAAGCAGCACAAGAGAAGCAGCAGAAGAAGGACCUGCAGCGGGAGUUGGAAAGGCUGGUCGCCAGGAUGGCGGAGAAGGAAGCUCAGAUCACGAAGCUCCGCAAACACCAGGAAACGGUCCAUAAACUGACCCGGAGUGUGUCGCGUGAAGAGGAACACACAGCCACAAAGCCGAGUGGAAUCAAACCGCCCAUAAAGCUCAAGAAGAAAUUAAGGAAAGGUACGGUGCCUCAAAACAACCUGCAGCUCCUCCGAGAGACCCAGAAGUUUAGAAACCACCUAAAACAAGACGAUAUCUCUUGGGAAACAUGAGGUUUUCCGGAUUUUUCUGUGCUGCAUUUGACACGAUGGAUAAAACUGCCCYGCUCCCUCCAGCCCGGGUGAGACUUUAGUACUAAAUCAAACAUGUAUUGAAGUGAUUUACGGGACUUGAUUUAUCAUAAAACCUAUGAAGUGUUUGAGUAAGAUUUGCACAUUCAGGGUUUAUUAAAUGAACUUUGAUCAAAAUCAUUGAGGAGCUUCAAGUCUCAUCUCAAAUUAAGCUGGAAUAUUAGAUGUUAUAUUUUUUAUUAAAGCACUUCUUGGAUAAAUAUUUUUGCUUACCUGGGUGUAAAUGUAUAWUUGACAGUUCUAUUUUUGGAACUUCCCAACAGCAGCCGCUAGAUGACACCUGUUAGAUGUCUGAAGAUUUGUUUAGAGCAUAAUGAAGUUAAAUGAAAAGAUUUUAUUGCUUUUGUGAGUUAAGUAGGUAGAGUUUGCUCUGUAUAAGUAAGAGGAACUGCUUUUCUAUGGAAGGUUUUAAAGUGGUCACCCAUUUUUUUUUUUGUCAAAUCAGAUGACAGGACAUUUUUUCUGCGUUCCUGUUUUUUGCUUCUUUUUAUCGUAGUCGAGUCAGCAGCCAUUUAUGGGCUGAACAAUGACGCUCGUUUCCCUCCACAUUCCUGAAUUUAUCUUCUCAUUGUCAACAUUUCAUCAUCUCCUAAUCUCAAGUGCUUACUUUACCACAAAUUACCAAACAAAUCCUCUCGAGAGGUUUCCAAAAGUCUGGAUAUGUAGUAGGAAAGACAAUAGACAUCUGUUAAUGUAGAUAUCUGCGUUAAAAUUGUUGUGACGUUAGCAUUUUUGCGCUCCUGGUAUUCUCGGCGUAAUUCAGAGGUUAAAUAGAGCGAGCUGAUUUUUCCAGGAGAGGCUGAAUCUAAAUGCAUUGUUUCUCUGUGCUUCCAACGAUUAGAUUACAGAGCAUGACUGGACACUACAAUCAGGUUAGCCAAGGCAGCAGAAGAUCCUCCCGGUGCCCUCUUAUAGAGCAUGCAUGUGUGCACACUCCUGACCCUGCAACUGUGAAACCUUGUGACUGCUGCACAUUGUCUUUGAAUGGCAGCAGUGUGCUCAGAAAGGUAAACAAGAAUCAGACGUUUUGCUGCGAACGUGUUCAAAGUUUGGACGACAGGAGCGAACGAGGGUUUUCCUGGCACACMGUCUUAUUUUUAUGACAUUAAAUGAAAAUCUUUAAGGGAAAUCACAAAGUAGCCUCUCCAGGAAGUUUGAUAAAAGUUAAUGGCUCAUUUUUCUUAGWGAAAUGCUGAGAAUGAGGAUCUUUAACAGGUUAGGACAAGUUUUAACAAUCAGCAGCAUAAAUUUAGUGUUGCAGGGUUUGUUUUUUUUUUUCCUUUUUGAAAAGAAUAUUUAGUUCUGAAUCUGAAUCAAACAGAUCAAAUAAGUACAGGACAGAACAAACGCCUCAUGAGAUCACUGGUCUGAGUACACACACUUCCUUUGAGAUAAGGUUUUGCAAAUUGUGCACAACUUGUGACUGUUCUCAUUUUGUUCCUGUAAACAUUUGCAAACAGCUGCAGUAAAAUUUUUGUAUUCCCUUUUUCUUUCUUUGUAAAUAUUUUUGCAUUAAUUGUUUUUUUAUGUUACGAUACUUUGUACAGUAUUCCAUUUUUCAGGUUAUUAUGUCUAGGGUUUUCCUGUUGAGGGACAAAUAAAGGGUUUUUGUAUAUUUUCAAA